CGGUGAUGCAAAUUGAAAUUUAUGUAUGAUUUUAAUCAGACCAUCGUAGGGUUAAUUUCAUACUUCUUAUGCGCAUCUUAAUUGUGAGUUUAAUUAAGUUAUUGUUCUCAUGAUUUUCAGUGAACACUGUGACGGGCUACCUGAAGUCCAUUGAGCCCCUGAAUGGCACCAACUAUCCAAGCUGGUAUAAAGAUGUUCAGGUGGCCAUUGCUGUGUGUGAGUAUGAUCUCGCCUUACGUCAAGACAAGCCAGCAGAGCCCGCUGAUCCCAAUGGUGAUCGUACUGCCAUUGAGAAGUGGGAGAGAUCAGACAGGAUGGCCAACAUGAUCAUUAAGAACACGAUCACACCGGCCAUCUGUGGUGCUAUUCCUGAUAAGGACCAGGAUGGUAAUGAUCUGAGCGCCAAGGCAUACCUUGCCAAGGUGGAGGAGAACUUUAAGAGUUCUUCCAAGACUUAUGCUAGCACCCUAAUCAUGAAGAUGCUGACUUCACAGUAUGAUGGGCAAAGUGGAAUCAGGGAGCACAUUAUGAGCAUGUGUGACAUGGCAAAUAAGCUGAAGACACUGGAUAUGGCUAUCUCUGAUGGUUUUCUGGUGCACUUCAUCAUGACUUCUCUGCCAGCACAGUACAGUCCCUUCAAAAUAAGCUACAACACUCAGAAGGCGACUUGGAGCAUGGCUGAGCUCAUUAGCUACUGUGUUGAGGAAGAAGAAAGGCAGAAAGCUGAAAGGAUGAAGGAUGCUGUCAACAUGGUCAGCGAGCGCUUUGGGCGUGUUUGUAUGAGCAACACUCCUAAGCAUCAGGCUGAGUCUGGCAGCAGCAGGCAGCAUAAGAGAAAGUUUAAGGGCCAUAAGAGCAAGGCCGUGUCACAUAAGAAGACCUCUAAUGAGAGGCUGUGCAAGUUCUGCAAGUCACCUAAACAUGAGCAAAAGGAUUGCCAUGGAUUUAAGGAGUGGCUUAAGAACAAAGGUAUUCAGUUCGAUCCGAACUAUAAGAGAGGGGGAGCGAAGUCUAAGAGUGGCUGAUGGCAAUGAAGUGAAGGUUGAAGGCAUUGGGAGCUUCAAUUUGGAGUUACCAGGCGGCUUCAAUCUUAGUUUGCAUGAUGUUCUUUAUGUUCCCAGUUUGAAGAGAAACCUUAUUUCAGUUUCGUGUUUAGAUAAGUCGGGACAUAUUUGUGAGUUUGGCAACUCAGUGUGCAACAUUAAAUUUCAUAAUUUAAGUGUGGGCCUUGGUCAUUUGCAAGGCGAUCUUUA